CUCCAGGGCUGCAGAUGUUGGGGGAGGUCCCAGAAAGUUGUGUGUGCCUGCGUGUGUCUUUGGGAUAUCCAUGAGGGAGGGAGUUCCCGAAGUUCUGAACCAAGUCUUAAGUUUUUUUUUUAGCUAGUACUUUCAGAGUGUCACUAGCACACAUACACACCAGUGUGCACAAGAAUGUUUACAGACGGUGGACUUUGUAACCAGAGAACUUGCUGUGCUUUAACUCAGUCUUGUGCGAGCGAUGGACAGAAACCCUAAAGAGAAGAGAGGAGUGAAGAGAAUGGAAUAAGCAGAAGUUAAAGAAGUUAACCAGAGAAAAAGAGAAAAUAUGGAAAUGGAGAACUCAUGAAUGCAAAGACAACAAAACAACUUUAAAGUUAACCACAGAAAAGGAGAGAAAGACAGUCCAAAGACUUGGAGAUGGAGAGAGAAACUCAUGAAUGCGAAACUUGAGUCCCUGUCUGAGGAUAACAGGAAAGAGAGAGAAAGGGCGAGAGACCUCGAGCAGAACAGAGAAACUGCAGCAUGCUGAAAGAGAGGGUGAACAGGUGUGUGUUGCUGCGCGUGUGUGUGCUCCUCUGCGUGCUGUGCGUUUGUGCUCACGUCUAUGUGGAGUUUAAGGGAUCUGAUCCGAAGAGCCGAAAGAGCUCAAUCCAUCUCCAGCAGGACACCAAGCGUCAGGUUUCUAAAGCUGCCAGCAAGUUGAGUUUGAGCGACUGGAAGCCCACGUGUUGCCCACCUGUCCGGCAGCACAGAAAGUCUCUCAGGUGGAAGAUAGAGCUGGAGCCGUGGGCCAGUGAGAGGCACAACCUGGAGGACGAAGCGUUACGAUUCAUCAAGUACAUCACUACACCACAGGUGUCCUGUGAAAACCCUGGAUUUCCAGUAUUACAUAGUGAUGGUGAGGAGGUUCAGAGGUCAUGGGUGCUAUGCUUGGAUAAGAGAUUCAGCCUGGCCCAACGCAUCAACACUAAACACUGCCGAAUGUACUCAGUCGGGUUGGGUGGUGAGGAUAAGUGGUUAGAGAAAGUGUUGGCUAAGGCAGGAUGUGAAGUUCAUUGUUUUGACCCCAGCAUCAAAGAAGCUCACCUGCAGGAUUCCCACAUGUGGCUCCACAGGCUUUCUGUGGACUGGAGGGACCCCAACCCCGCCAUCCCAGCUCAAAGGCAGCAUGGCAGCACCAAGAAACUGGCCACCAUCCUCAACGACUUUGGACACAGACAGGUGGAUGUGCUGAAGUUAGACAUGGAGAGUGCAGAAUGGAAGAUUCUAGAGAAUCUCGUCCUGGAAGGAGUUUUGCCUUCGGUGGGCCUCCUGCUCCUUGAGGUCCAUGUGCACUGGGCGGGGUUUGAAGUGGGUGGGGACGAGCCGUCUGUGGUGCGCUAUUGGUUCAGCCUGCUGAGGGAGCUGGAGCGUUCGCACUUUCACCUCUACCACAGCUACAGUGACCCUGCAAAGCCACGCCUCUUUCUUCAUAAGAACCUGCACAAUGCCAGCAGCACUUAUAUUCUGGGCUGGGUCAACACACACUACUCACCUCGUUGAAAACAAAUGGCGAGGCAUAUGUUUCAGUUAUGGAAAAUGUAGUUUGGCAGAAAUCUGGACAGCAGUCAUGCUGACUGAGGCAAAUGUAAUUUAGAGACAAGUUUCAGCAAAGUGCAAAACAAGAACAAAGGGGCAUUAAUGAGUAUUGUUGUUAUGGCUUGGCUGACUCACUGUAGUACUUUCUCUAUAUGGUAGCGGAUACAUUAUCCUUUUCGGGGUGGGGAGGGGAAGGAGAGCGGAGGGCUAUAAUUGCUUCUAGGAGCUCAUCAGCGGCUCAUGUAAAGGCUGUUUUUCUUCCAGAGGUCAGUCGCAUAGCUAGAGAAGCAGUCACUGGCAUCUCCUUAUCUAAUGCUGGCUACUUGCCAGGAGUGUGACCCUCUGCCUCUCGCUGGAAGAGUAUGCUCUGAGAGAGUUAUGAGCCAUCAGUUAGAGAGAGAGACAGAAGCCUAGCUUGUCAGUGAAUGAAGCAUGCUGAGAACUGAGUAUGUCCAGGAGGCCAGGCGAAAGAGCAAAAGAGGACAAAUGAACUAACAAACCAAUCUCACAGGGUUAAAGCCCAAAGGACUUGAUGGACGGUUGACCACAGAAUGGCAGGCUGUACUGAUGGCACAGGAGAAUGAGCAACAACCAAAGAACAGAGAAUAGAGGUCAAGAGGACAGCAUCAGCACCGCAGCUUUGACAGUGUUUCAGUAACCUUGUUUUGAUAAAGCAUCUUCAGGAAGAGUUCUGCCAUUUUUGUCAUGCUUACAGUAUAGAACUUCGCUGAAAUUGUAGACUGCCUAGAAAGGGAUGAGUAGCAGUGGGUAUAAACAGUCUACACAGCUCUGUAAAAAUGACAGGUUUGUCAUGAAACCAAAACAAUCAUGUCAGAACUUUUUCCACUUUUAAUGCCAAAUCAAAUCAAAUACAAUAGAAACAAAAAUAAAAAAAAAAGUAAAAACCUACAGUAACCUGGUUGCAUAAGUGUGCAAACCUCCACGCUAAUACUUUGUAGCACCUUUUGAUUUUCUUACAGUCUUUUUGAGUUUCACAGCUGGUCACAUCUUGACUUGGCAGCAUUUUCUGGCUGGACCAUUCCAAAACGUGGAUCUUCUGUUGGUGAAGCUAUUCCUUUGUUGAUUUGGAUGUAUUCUGUGGUUCAUUGUCAUGCCGAAAGGUGAAAUUUCUCAUGGUAUUCAUGAUUGAUUAUAGCCCCUUUUCUGACUGAAGAAAAGCAGAAACCUGCUCCAAAGCAUGAUGCUGCCAUCACCAUGCUUCACUGGAGCAUGGUGGUGGCACUGGACACAUUUUUCCCCACAUGGUUUUGGGAGACUGGAUGUAUCUUCAUGCAAAAUUUAGCCUGGGUGUUACGUCUUCGCACCCUACCCCAUAACCCAGACAUACGAAGAACAUAGGAGACUGUUGUCACAUGUAGGGAGCAACCAGUGCUUGCCACAAAUUCCUGCAGCUCCUUUAAUGUUGCCAAAGGCCUCUUUACAGCCUCUUAGACUAGUUUUCUCCUAGUCUUCUCAUCAAUUUUGAUGGGAUGUCCUGUAAUGUCAGUUAUGCCAU